AUGGCGACUGAACAAGCGACCUUAAAUCUUCUAACUAGUAUGUCAGCAAGUUUCACUUUGCAAAGUAUUGUGCAAGGAAUCACGGAAUUUGACGGAAAAAAUGUUCCUCUAAAAGACUUUAUUCAGGACAUCCGUAAUGGAAGGGCACUUAUAGAUGAUAAACAAGAAGCAAAUUUUAUUCGCUUGAUUAUAGCGAAAUUAAAGGGACCAGCGAGAGAUUGCAUUUACGGUAAAACCGUAAAUACAACCGAGGGACUAGUUAAAAUACUUAAGGAGCGAUUUGCCCCGUGUAAGGACUUCUCUUAUUAUGAUUCAAAUAUUCAUAAUUUGCGAAUGAAAAAUGGGGACACGGUCGGAGAUUUUCACGACCGUAUCAAUAUUCUAUUAAACUGCGCACAGAGCGCCCUGAAAGAAGAACUUGGAACUGAUUAUAGUGAUGUCAUGAUGACCCCGAUAAAGAAUUCCACACUUAAAACCUUCAUUGACGGGCUGCCGAAAGAAAUCGGGGACUUAGUCGAUAUUAAGCAGCCGAAGUCUCUUGAGGAGGCUUACAAGGAAGCCCUUCGCAUAGAGACUAGAAAUAAGAACAAGCCAAAACAUGAGGACCUUAGUAUGAGUAAGUGGCUGUCGAUUAACCGUGGAUUUAAUGUUGGGUAUAUUCAGGACCAGCAAGUUGAAGCUGAGGAACCAUACUACAAAGAAUGGGAAGAGUUACCUGCGGAAGUGCAACAAUUUAUUAUCCAACGACAGAACGGACGAUUUUAUCAGAAUAAUCAACGACAACAAUACCAAAAUCAGAACCAGGAAAAUAACGGCAGUCACCCAGGACGAUUGUACAAUCCUGAUACGGACAUGUUUCAAAACCCUACGGGACGAAGAUACGGGGCAAUUGCCUACGAUCAACAACAGAGAUUCAAUGAGUUGAGACCGAACCCACCGUAUCAACACUUUGGAGGAAAUCCCGGUAAUUUAAACUCCGAUGGGGCUCGCCCUGGAGUGACUGCGGCGGGCCCAUCUCAGACAUCCCCGGCUCAGAAUUAUCGGCAGCAACAGGCGAAAACUCUGAUAACGGAAGUUCGACAGACGCCGGAAGCGGAGAAGUCGGGAGUACCGCCAGCGAAAGUGAUGACGAUACUGAAAAAUUCGGAGACGUUGCUUCCGAUGUGGAAUAAUUUCCCCAUUGAAGAAGAUGGCACGUUAGGAAGGGACUAUUUAAUAGACACGAGUGCAGUUAUAUCGUAUUAUAAUGGAACCCUAAUGGUAAACAGUGAUUUAAUGAAUCCGAUACCAUUCCUACCUACUAAUGUGCCUAUGGAACACUUACAAGACAAUCUUAUCAAAACUAUGCGCAUAGUACCGAAAGACGAUGAAAUAUCAGAACUUGAAACUGAUUCGGACCUGGAUUAUGCGAUAGAGCAGCUUGCAAAUGAAAGGAUUAGUAACUCUAAGCCCGGACGAGUGAAGAACGUGGUCAAUCACGGUACGGUCAAAUACACUAUAGGACCAAGAUCUCGUCAAAUUAUUCAAAUCAACUUGAUCGAAACCGAGUUGACAGAAGGCUACCUGCCUAGGAUUGACGUGAAGGACGAAAAGGUAUUUCUUGGAGAGGGAGUAGUCGCAAAUGCAAAUAAUACCUGUAAAAUCAUGGCAAUUAAUACACAUGAUGACGAGGAAGUUACCAUUGAAGUGGACCCGAGAGAAAUUUUGCCGUUCGAACAGUUUAAAUCGCAGUUCUCCAGCUCUGGCGGCGAAGAUGUUUCGGAAUCUAAAGUAGCCAGGCAGGUCAAUGAUCAAUAUAAGAAGAGGGGAGAGAACCUCUUACAAUUAAUCAGGACCGGACAUCUUAGUCCAAGCGAGCUCCAAAGCGUUAAGCGACUACUAAAAAGGAUGCCGGAAGGAUUAAUGAACGCGCCGACAACAUUCCAGAGAAUGAUGAAUAUAUUGCUGCGCGAGCUGCUAAAUGUAGAGAUGCUAGUGUACCUAGACGACGUAAUAGUUUAUGCUAAGAACCUUCAUGAACAUGAAGUGAAGGUUGGCAAACUUUUUGAGAGACUAUCGGAUGCGGGACUAGUCCUACAGCCCGACAAGGUGAAUUUCCUUUGUAGGGAAGUAAAAUUCCUUGGGCAUAUUGUAAGUGGUCGAGGAGUCGAGCCAGACCCUAAACUAGUCGAAGCUGUAAUGAAGUUCCCAAGACCAAAAGGAGUGAGAAGUGUUAGAUCUUUUCUAGGACUAUCCGGAUACUAUAGGCGAUUUAUUCAAGAUUAUUCAAAAAUUGCCAAACCCCUCAGUGAUCUUACUAAAAAGGGACAAGAAUAUGAUUGGGGACCUGCACAGGAAGAAGCCUUUGAAAAGCUCAAGAAACUCCUAUGUGUAGCUCCGAUCCUAACAUUUCCGGACUUCAAUAAACCAUUUAAGCUAACUACAGAUGCCUCAGAUUACGCGAUUGGAGCGACCGAAGAAGAUCCAGAACAACUGGUAGAGAUACGAAGAAGAGCGCAUACCGCGUCCAAUGAGGCUAGACCGAAAGGCAGACCAGUAGGGGCCAAAACGAAUAAAGGAAGACCACAGUUGGACCAUAGCACCGUAGCGGAAAGAACGAGAAGUAAAAAGCUUGUACCCACGACCUCAAAGUCUACUGGAAUACACAAGAAAACCUGGGCGUCAGUUGAUAAAGAAAAGAUGCGAUCGAAAAGAGUCCAAGAGCCAAAGAAUUGCGAAGCAGAACUUCCUACAGACGACUCAAGUACAGAAGCCAUCGAGGAGACCCUACAGAGAAAACAACUGGCCGACCAAAACUAUGAGUCCGUGGCAAAUACUUCCGAAAUAGAAGUAGUUGUAAACAAAAAUGCAAUUGAGGACGAGAAACGAAAGUCGGCUCAUCCUAAAUUACAUUGGCGCGUGCAAGAAAUUUUAAAUCGAUUGGACCGAGAGAGUCAAAGCUCGAUUAUGUCGGACUCUGAGGCGGAUAUGAGCAAACUACUGCCCAGUUCCUCGAGACGUUCUGUGGUAUCCUCGACUGGUGUAGAGGAUAGGGACGCGAAGAAACUCAUGACAGUACGGACAACCGGCCUCCCGUAG